AUGGAAGAGGAUCAUAAACCCAAAUCACAACAUCAACGUCGACUGAAUCCUCUAAUGAAAAAAGUGGUAAGAAAGGAAUUCAUAAGGUGGCUAAAUGCUGGAAUUGUGUAUCCAAUCUGUGAUAGUAACUGGGUAAGUCUGGUACAAUGUGUUCCCAAGAAGGGAGGUAUGACAGUGGUAAGGAAUGAAAAGAAUGAGCUGAUUCCUACUAGAACAGUGACUAGGUGGAGAAUUUGCAUGGAUUACCAGAAACUAAAUGAUGCUGCCCGAAAAGAUCACUACCCCGUUUUCUUCAUUGAUCAAAUGCAUGACCGACUAGCAGGGCAGGAGUACUAUUGUUUCUUAGAUGGAUAUUCCGGUUACAACCAGAUCUUAAUUGCACUCGAGGAUCAGGAAAAGGCCACGUUCACUUGUCCUUAUGGCACAUAUGCUUUCAAGCGCAUGCAAUUCAGACUUUGCAAUGCACCGAUGACUUUACAAAGGUGUUUUUAUAGGCGAUUCAUCAAGGAUUUUUCCAAGAUUGCCAGAACUAUGUGCAGUCUUUUGGAGAAGGAGGUGAAGUUUGACUUUGAUGAGAUGUGCUUGAAAGCUUUUGAGAUGUUGAAGAGGAACUUAAUUGAGGCUCCCAUCUUAAUUGCUCCUGAUUGGGGACUACCAUUUGAACUCAUGUGUGAUGCACGCGACAUAGCAGUGGGUGCAGUGUUGGGACAAAGAAAUAAUAAAGUGUUCCACUCGAUCUAUUAUGCAAGAAAGUCCCUUGACUCUACACAAGCAAAAUACACAGUGACUGAGAAGGAGAUGCUGGCUCUAGUGUUCGCCUUUGACAAGUUCAGAUCGUAUUUGGUAGGUACUAAAGUGAUUGUUUUUACUGACCAUGAAGCUAUUAGGUACCUAUUCAACAAGAAGGAUGCUAAACCAAUGCUGAUUCGAUGGAUAUUGCUUUUCCAAGAAUUUGACCUUGAGACCAAAGACAGGAAAUGUAUUGAAAAUCAAAUAGCAGAUCACUUAUUUAGGUUGGAGGAUUUUUCCCAUGUGAAUGAAGGUGAGCAACUUCGGGAAGAGUUUCCAGAUGAACAAUUGAUGGCAUUAGAUAGCUCUCAAGUUCCAUGGUAUGCAGUCAUUUUGAAUUUGAUAGUAAGUGGAGAUUAUCCUCCGGGUGACACCACCCAACAAAAGAAAAAGUUUAAUCAUGAUGCUAAGUUCUAUAUCUGGGAUGAACCGUUCUUGUUCAAACAAAGUGUGGCCCGGGUAGUGAGAAGAUGCAUUCCAGAGUAUGAGGUUCCCAAAGUGCCUGAAAGUUGUCAUGUUAGCCCAUAUGGAGGUCACCAUGGAGGAGAGCACACUUCUCAUAAGGUACUACAAUAUGGUUUCUUUUGGCCCUCAUUAUUUAAAGAUUCUAUUGUUUUUGUGAAGGGUUGUGAUAAAUGCCAAAGGUUUGGUACACUUUCAAGAAGACAUGAGAUGCCGCUAAGUAACAUUUUAGAGGUGGAAAUCUUUGAUGUGUGGGGUAUUGACUUCAUGGGUCCAUUCCCACCAUCUAGUGGAAGCCAAUAUAUUCUUGUGGCAGUGGAUUAUGCUAGUAAAUGGGUUGAGGCGGUCGCUCUUCCUUCCAAUGAUUCAAGGGUGGUGAUAAAGUUUAUAAAGAAGCACAUCUUUACUCGCUUUGGCACUCCAAGGGCAAUUAUAAGUGAUGGAGGUAAGCAUUUCAUUAACCAUCUUGUUAAAAAUCUUCUUGCUAAGUAUGGUAUUCGUCAUAAGGUUGCUAUAGCUUACCAUCCUCAACCGAGUGGCCAAGUAGAGGUUUCAAAUAGAGAGGUGAAACAAAUUUUGCAGAAAACAGUGAAUGCGCAAAGGAAAGAUUGGUUUGAGAAACUAGAUGAUGCUUUGUGGGCAUAUAGGACUGCGUAUAAGACACCAAUAGGGACUUCUCCCUAUCACAUAGUAUUUGGGAAAGCAUGUCACCUUCCAGCGGAAUUAGAACGUCAAGCAUAUUGGGCAAUUAAAAGGCUGAACUUAGACCCCAAGCUAGCCGGUAAAAAGAGAGUGAAUCAGCUGCAUGAACUUGAGGAGUUUAGGCUUCACGCUUAUGAGAAUGCCAAGUUAUACAAAGAAAAGACAAAGAGGUGGCAUGACAAGCACAUAGUAUCUUGUACCUUCAAUCCGGGAGAUAAGGUACUACUCUUUAACUCUAGACUAAGGUUAUUCCCUGGAAAACUAAGGUCGAAGUGGAGUGGUCAUUUUGAAGUGGUCAGAAUGACACAACAUGGGGUUGUUGAACUUAAAGGUAAGACUGGCCUUACAUUCUUGGUCAAUGAGAAAAGGGUGAAACAUUAUUUUGGUGAGGAUUCAGAUCAUGAUCGGGAAGCUCUUGAGCUAAAUGAUGAAUGA